AAUCAAAAGCGAAACAAGAGGAGCACAGCAAGAAGAGGAGAGAGGGAGUGAGGGAGAGACUGAGGAGGACACAUCCAAAAUACUCCACCUCCAUGUAGGAGCUGUAUCCACUACAACACCUCACCUCCCCUUCCUCUCUCUCUCUCUCUCUCUCUCUCUCUCUCUCUCUCUCUCUCUCAAGAUCUGUCGAUCACACACACCACGCCAGACACAAGCGGCAGCUUUUGCUCUUGCUUCCUCAGCUACCUGCUGCUUCUUCCAGUUCAAUCGCAAUGCCAUCUCCCCGGCAAUUCUUGCAGCUGCUGCUACCCAUCUUGCUCUCCGCUUGCUGCGUCGAUGGCGCCAACGGCCCCGACGCCCUCGCCACCGCCAGGAGGCAGCUCCACCAGCCGUUCUUCCCGGAUCAGCCCGAGCAGCCGUCCGCGCCACCGCCGUUCUUCCCGACGCUGCCCGUGCCGCCCCCGCCGCAGAUGCCGGCGGGGCAGGACCAGCCGACGUACCCUGCCCUGGUGCUGCCCAACACCGACUCCAGCGGCGCGGCGCCUCCGGCCGCCGGCGCCUCGCACGGGUCCAAGAAGGCGUCCAAGCUCGUCCCGGCCAUACUGCUGCCGCUGCUCACCGUGGCCGUGCUCGGGCUGUCCAUCGCCUUCUUCUUCUCGCACCGCCGGAGCAAUGCGACGCGCGGGGGAGGAGGCGGGUGUGUCGGUGGCGGGGAACCCAAGUUCCUGCACCCGGAGAGGACGAGCCUCUUCGCGCGCGACGAGUUCGGCGGCAGCGGCGGCGGCGCCGGGGCCGCGCCGGCGGCCGCUACGUCGGCCGAGUUCCUCUACGUGGGGACAUUGGCGAGCAGAGCGGACGAGAAGAGCAGCGACACGACGUCGUCCGGCGACGAGGAGUCCCGGAGCUCCGGCGGAUCGCCAGAGCUCCGUCCGCUGCCGCCGCUGGCGCGGCAAUGCGCGCCGGCGACGUCGAGGAGCCCCGGCGGGGCCUCCCCGUCCUCCGGAGAUGAAGAAUUCUACUCGCCGCGAGGCUCAUCGACGAAGACCUCGAGCUCGCGCAGGACUCUGGCAACGGCAGUUCAGGCGGCACUUGAAGCGCGCGACCGCUCCAGGACCCCGUCCCCUGGGUCGGUCCUGAGCACGCCGUCGUACCCGUCGUCGCCUGGUGCGACGCUGUCCCCCGCGCCCGCCUCGCCGCCUGCCUUCUCCAGCCCAGGCGAGUCCGGCCGCCGCUCCGUCAAGUCAAGAUCGGACAGCGCGCGCGUCGUCGUCCUCCCACCGGUUCCUCCGACUCCGCCGCCACCACCUCCCUUCGCACCGACACUACCACCACCGCCUCCUCCUCGCCGGAAGCCACCGUCCCCAUCACCACCGUGCUCUCCACUAAACGACAAAUCAGCUCUCAGAUCCAGCACCGACGCAAUCUCAAGAAACCCAUUCGCCCAGCCAGCACCCCCACCGACAAGCACCCACCCGCCAGCUCCGGCCGCAGGCCCACCGCCACCACCUCCUCCUCCGCCGCCGCCGCCGCCGGUGGGCUACUGGGAGAGCCGUGUACGGAAGCCCGACACGUCCAAAGAAACCCGCUCGCCGGCGCUGUCGCCGCCACCCCAAUCUGCCAAUUUCAGGAGCGUCCCUGCACCCACCGACGAGUUCCCGAGCCGGCUGCCGGAGAGCUCGGACCAGGCCGACAAGUCCGAGGACACGACGCCACGGCCGAAGCUGAAGCCGUUGCACUGGGACAAGGUCCGAGCCAGCUCCGACCGCGUCAUGGUGUGGGAUCAGCUCAAAUCAAGCUCAUUCCAGGUUAACGAGGAGAUGAUCGAGACGUUGUUCAUUUGCAACCCGGCGAACGCGCCGGCGAAGGAGGCGACGAGGAGGCCGGUGCUGCCGACGCCCAAGGCCGAGAACAAGGUGCUGGAUCCGAAGAAGGCGCAGAACAUCGCCAUCUUGCUGCGCGCGCUGAAUGUGACCAAGGAGGAGGUCUGCGACGCGCUCUGCGAAGGUAACACAGAGAACUUCGGGGCAGAAUUACUGGAGACCUUGCUAAAGAUGGCUCCUACCAAGGAAGAGGAGAUCAAACUGAGAGAAUUCAAAGAGGAUAUUUCUCCAAUUAAACUUAAUCCUGCGGAGAAGUUCCUCAAGGCAGUCCUUGAUGUGCCUUUUGCCUUCAAAAGAGUAGAUGCUAUGCUUUACAUAGCAAACUUUGAUUCAGAGGUCAAUUACCUAAAGAAUUCGUUCGAGACCCUCGAGACUGCUUGCGAUGAGCUUAGAAGCAGCAGACUAUUUCUGAAGCUACUUGAAGCAGUUCUGAAGACUGGCAACAGGAUGAAUGUUGGCACAAACCGUGGCGAUGCACACGCGUUCAAGCUUGAUACUCUGCUCAAAUUGGUUGAUGUCAAAGGCACUGAUGGGCACACAACCCUUCUGCACUUCGUCGUGCAGGAGAUCAUCCGAACAGAGGGCGCCCGCCUCUCUGCCAGCACCCAGACAACUCCAAGAACCCAAGCUAAUCCUCUACGAGAAGAGCACGAGUGCAAGAAGCUUGGCCUCCAGGUAGUGGCUGGCCUUGCAAACGAGCUCAGCAAUGUCAAGAAGGCAGCUGCCAUGGAUUCCGACGUGCUUAGCAGCUACGUCACCAAACUUGCUGGUGGAAUCGAAAAGAUCACCGAGGUACUGCGGUUGAACGAGGAGCUGAAGUCAAGGGACGAUGCGUGGCAGUUCCAUGACAGAAUGCAGAAGUUCUUGAAGAAGGCAGACGACGAGAUCAUCAGGGUUCAGGCUCAGGAGAGCGUGGCGCUGUCGCUCGUGAAGGAAAUCACCGAGUACUUCCAUGGCGACUCCGCGAAAGAGGAGGCUCAUCCUUUCAGAAUCUUCAUGGUCGUCAGGGACUUCCUCUCGGUUCUUGAUCAGGUCUGCAAGGAAGUUGGCAGGAUCAAUGACCGCACCAUCGCCAGCUCCGUGCGUCAUUUCCCGGUGCCGGUUAACCCAAUGAUGCCACAACUGUUCCCACGGAUUCAUGCGUUGAGAGCUGGAUUCUCCGACGACGAGAGUUCAGCUGCUUCAGUUGCAUCGCCAUGAUCACUGGUAGUCUGCCAAUAUAAUUUUUCGCGGACCAUCAGUAGAACGCCGCCGGAGGGCAGAGGGAUACAAAUGGUAGCGAGCUGUCCAUUUUUUUUAACUUUUUGUACCUGUAGAUUAUAGAAUGUACAAGAUUUUUGCAAAUAUUUAUUUCUAUAUAUAAGAAGGGAUAAAAUCUAGAUCAGAGGGGGAAAAUAUAAGCAGUUCAUACAUGUAUGCGGCCUUCGGUCCUCAGUUCAGUCUGUAGUCUGUACAUGCCUUGAUAGAUUUAUCCAUCUCA